AUGGGUUCAAAUGUAUCACAACCACCAAUUGAAUUAAGUGCAGCAGAUAUUGAAUUUAUUUCAACUAAGGCUAAUAUUGAUCAUGAAAAUGUGCAAGUUUGGUAUGAAAAACUUAAGGCUGCUUGUCCAAAUGGAAAAAUUUCUAAAACAGAUACAGUGAAUUUCAUACGAAGUAUAAAUAGUGGUAAAGAAGAGCAAAUUCAAAAAAUGGCGAUAGAUAUUCAUAAAGCAUUUGACACUAAUAAUGAUGGAAUUGUUGAUCAACGUGAAUUUUUAAUUGGUUUUGCUUUAACAUCUACGGGUAGUGUUCGUGAAAAGCUUAAAUAUGUCUUUCGAACAUAUGAUCAUGAUAAAGAUGGUGUUAUUAAUAAAAAAGAAAUAGACCGAAUGGUUAAAAUUGUAAUGAGACUUCGUGCAAAAGAUGAUCCAGAAAAUACUGCACGUAUUAUUGAUGACUUAAAAACAUCACUUGAACAUCUUAAUGGAAGCAAAGAUUUUGAUGAUAUAAAAAUAACAUCACAAGAUUUUAUUCAAUUAUUAAUGAAUAAUAAAGAAUUAUGUGAAUUAUUGUCACCAUUCAAUAUAGAACAACCAAGAGAAAUUAUCGUUCAGCAAUCAUAUUCUCGAUCAAAAUAA